AUGGCAGCCCGUAAUCCUGGACCCUUCUUGCAGCAGACUCCCGUGGGCUUCCCGUCCUACACGCAUCACAUCAGACGGGAUUGGCUGGCGAGGAAAGCCUUCGAAAAGAGCGAGGUGAAUACCCGUGUGUACAAGGCGAUCUACGAGAACAUGGGUGUCAGAGGUAGUAUUCCAAUCAACAAGUAUGUUGGGCGCAAUCGGAUCCGUCUCCGCGGCAUCACGGAGGGAUUUGCCCGUGGCAACAAGAGGCAGAUUUUCCAGAACAUCUCGGCUGACUGCGUAAAAGCAGUCCUGAGGACACAGGAAGCCGACCCCGCCCUGCCGGCAUGGAAACCAGGGCCUUCUGCUGGCUUCCGCUUCGUUCUGCCAGGUCGCGACGUGACCGAGGAAAGACUCACGGAGUUGGACGGACGUCCGCAGAAGCCUGCAAUGGAGGCCUUGAACACACGGAAGGACUUCCGCCGGUGGAAGCGGCGACGAAAGCAGGAUGGUGGUCGGAACCGCCACUUCCGCCUCAAGUACGGCUGA